GCGGCGGCCGCCAGCCCGCCGCCCCGCCGGCGGCCGCCGUGCUCGACGACCAGCAGCUGGAUUGCUGGGUUGGCAUGGAGGACGAGAAGUUCGCGCAGCUCGCGUCCGUCCUGGGCCAGUCCUUGCGCGACAGGAUCGUGCAUCGGCGCCGACGUCGCGCGGCUGGCAUGGAGGGCCCCCGCGGCAAGGACCUUCCGCAGCCCGUGGUCAAGGCCCAGCGCGUGGUCCUCCAGGCGACCCAGCGCCUCGAGCGGGCGCAGCAGGCUGCUCAAGAGGCGGCUGAUGAGCUCGAGGCGGCCGAGGCGCAGCUCGUCGCGGCUCGAGGCGACCUGGGGCAGGCCAAGCAGGACGCCGCCGCAGAUACCGCUGCUGGAGACCAGGCGGGACCCCCUGUCUCGGCGUCGACGUGGGGCGACCUCGGGAAGCCGGCAGGCCUCGUCAACCAGCUCGCGGCAACCUACGAGGACCAGUUGGCCCAGGCGGCGGCGGGCAACAAUCCGCCCCACACAGUGGGCGCCGUGGCGCAGCAGACCAAGGAGGCGCUGCAGAAGCUCACCGCUGCUCUGCCCGCCGCGCCUCCUGCGCAGCGGACGUCGCCGCGGGAGCGGCACCAGCUGGAGGUUGUGCCGGCACCGCGCAGCGGCUUCGCGACAAAGCAGCGGCUGCAUAACGACUACGGCGUAACGUCAGGAACGGGACCAGCCCGCACUAAGGCCAGGAUGUUCUUCGGGAAUAUCACCCAGUACGGCCCGACUGCCAGCAGGUCCCUGGAGGGACACGGACCGGGCUUCGACGUCGCGGGCUUCUGCGAGACCCAUGCGUCACCCGCUGCCGCCGAGAAGCAGCAACUCGACCUCCAGAAGGGCAACUGGAAGGUCGCAGUCACGCCUGGCACUCCUUCAGGUCAGCCCCUGGACGGCGUCGCAGGCGGCGAGGUGUUUGCGAUCAAGAAGACGUUGGCCGCCACUACCUUCGAGGGGCACCGACGCGCGUGCCAAGCGGCUGGUCGCCCGCCCCCCUUCUUCGGUUGUGUCCCGACGGUGCGGCGCCUGCUGCAAGGCAACGUCCUCGUGGUGGUGGCGUAUCUGGUGCCUGGGCUUCGGUUUCGCGGAGCCAGCCAGCAGCGGCUCGCCUCCUUGGCGGCCUUCCUUUCGCUCGUGGAGGAACCCUUCGUGAUCGCUGGCGACUGGAACGUGGAGCCGACCGACUGGGGCGAGACGGAAUGGUUGCAGCGGCUCGGCGCCGCCGUCAUUGCGCCAGGGAACGCCCGCACCACCUGCGACAGAGGCAAGGGCAAGCUGUGCGACUACGCGCUCGCCUCGUCGGGGCACGCUGAGCACGUCAAGGUGGUGGCGGAGCCCAACGUGCCGCGGCGCACGCGCUGCGGGCUUGUCAUCGAGCUCACAUCCAGCAACCGCCGAUGGUACCACCAGGCCAGCAAGCGCCGCGAGGCGCUGCCAGAGGAACUGCGGGAUUCCCACGACACGCUCCUAGCGGGGGACGACGAGCCUGGCGGGCCAGCUGUGGCAGACGACCUCGGGCACGCCACCUUCCCGCUGCCCGACUACACGGCUCCGUGGACUGGAAGGUGGCGCAGCGCUGGAGGCGGCACCUGGAGUGCUGACCAGUGCUGCGGAGAUGCGCUCUCCGCGGCAGGCGCCCCUGUGGCGGUUCGGCGCACGUCCAUGGAUGACGACGUGGGUCCCAUGGGCGCGCUGGCAGACGAGUACGACGAUGGCUUCGUGGAGCCUCCUGAGCACGACCCAGUCCCUAGGAGCAGCCCAGUGACGGAGGUGAAGUUGGCCCUGCCGCCGGCCACCGAGGCUCUCGGUCGAGAUGGCGGCGCGCCAGCUGAUAUUGAAUACCGAAUGAAUUCUGAGACGUGGUCCAGGUGCGCCGCCGCCUUGCAGGCUCGGAAGCCAAGCAGCCAGCGGCCCGCCGACCAGGGCAAUUUCCUGUUCGCGCGAGUGCCGCUCUCCACCGACCACGUCUCGCAGAUGCACGCGCAGUGGGUCGGCACCCUCGGGGAGGCGCUGAUUCAGACGGAGCAGGUUGCAGGUCGCAGUGCUGACACCAUGCGAGUGCGUGGUCAGGGCUAUCGCAUCGAGGAGCGCAAGAUGAAGAGCACCCCUGGCCGCGCCCACCUGCUGGACCCCGUGCUGGAGGGUUGGCACACGCUGAGCACCUUGUUGGUCCGCCUCGUCGCGCUGCUGACAAGCGGGUCCAUCGCCCAGCCCGACAUCAUCCUGGAGCAGAAGCCCUUGUUCUGGGAGCGGGUAUGGAAGGACCCGACGUACGACGAUGCCGACCUUGUCGAGGCCCUCAACGACACUCUCCGACGUGCUGCUGACGAUGGCCGGGGCCCGAUCACGCCCGACCAGGUGCGCGCGGCCAUGCGCCGCAUGAGCUCGGGCAGGGCGCGCGGCGUCGACAACGUGAGCCCCGCUGACCUGCGGCGCAUGCCCGAGGGCGGCUUCGACGGCCUCGCUUCGCUCCUCAACGAGCGCGAGGCCGCUGGGUUUGGUGGCCGCAUCGUCGGCAUGCUGCCGACCACCUGCAAGGCAUGGGCGAAGGUACGAGCUGCUGCUACCGACGAGUGGGGCGACGGCCAGGCCGAGUGGUGGGACACCGCGGUGCGCGGAUCGUCCGCUCUGCGGGCCGCGGUGCGCCGUGCCUGCAUUGACGAGUGCGACGUGGGGAAUGGGUGGUUCACCGCGACCCUCCUUCUCGACACCAAGAAGUUCGACGAUCGAGUUUCCUUCGUGCGCCUGCUCGCGGCUGCUACGCAGCAGGGGGUUCCCGCGAUCGUAGCCGCGAUGGAGGUGCAGCUGCAUGCAGGGCCCCGCCACUUGCGCCAGCGUGCCUGGCUCGGGCGCCGACUGCAGCCCGAGCGGUCAGUUGUGGCGGGCUCAGCCAGCGGCGGGAAGCUGGCCAAGGUCAUGCUAGGGCCCAUGAUUGCUCGCGCGCGCCGUGCGUGUGAGCGCGCGCAGCUGUGGGCGUUCAUCGACGACACGGUCAUCCGUUCAGUUGGCACGAAGCAGUCAGUCAAGGCCGACAUUUACCAGGCCACGGUUGCGCUCAAGCAGGGGCUCGACGAGGCUGGCUUCGAGGUCUCCACCAAGACUGUGCUGGCGUGCUCGCACCCCCCGCUGGGGCGGUCCAUCGCUGGCGGCCUGGCGCGGCUUGGCGCGCCCGCCUCCUACGCGGCGCGCGCGGUGGACCUCGGCGUCGACACGACCUGCGGGCGCCGUCGGCGCAAGAAGCGCGCCCAGAGGCGCUUCCAGGCCGCCAGGGGUCGGCGAGGCAGGAUCCCCCGCAUGCGUAGGGAGGUCCGCAUGGCCAAGAUCACGAAGAUGCUGUGGACGACGGGGGCGCAACCUCAGGCGGCGCACGGCCACCAGGUCGCUGGCCUCGCGCCCUCCUCGCCUCCGGCAAUGCGCCGAGGUACCGCUGCCUCAGCUGUCGGCGAGGGGCCUGGCAGGUGCCCCACGUCGACCUUGGCGGCCUUGCAUGGGCAGCGCGACCCAGGGCUGGAGCUUCGGAGGCAGGUCGUCAGCCAGUGGCUCGAGCUCUGGCGCGCGCGGCCUGAGGCGACAGCCUCUGCAACGGCGCCGACACGAUGCACGUGCAGCGGGGAGCUGAGGCGCUUCAUGGCCGCGGGGGCGCUCGACCAGUGGGCGCAGACGGUCGUCGUCGUCAGCGGCGGCCAGUGGACGAGGGAGCGCCAGCAGCAGGCAGGUUACGAUUCAGAGCAAGACCCCGCCCUGCGGUUGAGGGGCAUUUGUCACUCCUACCUCACCACGCCCAUCUUCGACGAGUGCCAGGCGGACUGGGUCGAGCACCAGGGCGAGCCCUUCGACAGCUGCAGGGUCGAGGGCGAGGAGGUGCUCGACGUGUCCGGCGAUGGCUCGGGCGGCCCGCGCACCGCCGAUCCUCGGCGGCGCCGCAUCGGGGCUGCUGCGGUCGCACUUCGGCCUGAUGGUGAGUCGCGGUCGCCUGCCGCCAUCGCAAACUGCGCCCAGGGCUGA